UUGCGUUAAUCUUUAUAUCAAUAUAUUUAUAUUUGUACAGUGUUUAUAUUAAAAAUCAUAUUUUUUAAUUACGAAACGAUAUACAAUGUGAAUGAGAUAUAUAAACGCAUAAAUAUUUUGAGUGAAUAUAUUAAAUUUUUUUGAGGUUAGAUUUCCAUGCAGUUCAAAUUUCGUUUAAUGUUUAUAUUUCAUUGUUCAUAAUUAAUGAAGUGGCAUUAAAAAUUUUUCUUCAAGUUUUAAAAUAUGGCGGACUAUUGGAAAUCUCAGGGUCGUAAAUUUUGUGAUUUUUGCAAAUGUUGGAUCGCUGACAAUAAACCUAGUAUCGAUUUUCACGAAGGUGGCAAGAAACACAAGGAAAAUGUUAGCAAACGGCUUAAAGAAAUACAUAAAAACAGCGCGAAGCAGGCGAAACAGAACAAAAAGAUCGAAGACGACAUUAAGAAAAUGGAAAACGCAGCUAUGGCUGCGUAUUUGAAGGACGUAGAAAACAAUACAAGAGACAUGACUGCCGAUACGAUUAUUAAGGAAAAAAUGAAUCAAAUAGAAACAAAAGACGUGCCAAAUUUCAAUCGUGUACCACCAGCCACCCCAGAAGCACAGCCUAGGUUCAAAAGUGAGAAUAAUCAACAGUUUCAGUUUCCUCAGGAAAUCGAUCCGUGUGAUCCAACUCUGGCUAGAAAUGCAACGUCGCAUCAAGUGAAAUCUCAACAAAGAGGUGAUCACAAAAAUCAAGGGAAAAGCAAAGCAGGGAAGGGUAAAGGGAAGGGAAAGAAAAUUCUUGAAGAGGAACGUGCUACGAAACCCGUUCAAAAACUUUGGUACGAAGCUCUCAGCCCCGAAGGGUACACGUAUUAUUGGAACAUAGAAACUAACGAAUCCGUUUGGAAUCCGCCAGAGGAGGGAUACAUGACAUUUGCGGAACAACAAGAAGAGGCGAAAGAGCAAGCGCUUCAAGAGGAAUUGUUGAAGCAAUUGGACGAGGAACAAGCGAUCACAAACGCGGAUAUCCUCGAAGAAAAACGGGCCAAUGCCGAAAGAGAAAGGAUGAGGGAAUUGAGGAAGAUACGUAACGCGCAAUCAAGAACGGAGCAAAAUAUAGAGGAGAAAACGGAAACUGAAACCAAAGAGGAAAGCCGACCGUACAGACGGGACUAUAGUAUUCCGAUAAAAUCACAUCCGUAUGGACCGUGGCAGACCGUUCAAAAAACCGAAGUGAAACCAAUCGAUUUUCAAUUACCAAAGCAGAAACAAUUGCAAUUACCUGUCUUUGAAAAAACAGAACCACCUUCCAUACAAAGAACGUUCAAGGAAAAGACUAUAACGCAAAUUGAUACGGCUGACAGCGAUGAGGAUGGAAAACCGGCUACAUUUAAAAAACGAAAAAUUAGUAAUAAGAGUGUACGACAGAGGUUAAAUGAUGAUUGAUAAAUAAUAAUAAUUAUAAUUUUUUAUGGAAUAUCACAAUGCGUUUUUUUUUUUUUU